UGAUUGACAGUCAGUUUGUCUGUCUGUCUGACAGCCUGUCUGUCUGCUGGUCAGGCUACUUCCUCAUUCUGACAGAGGUUUACUGAGAACCUCGACGGAAAUGCAGCAGCGGGACGGUACCGCAGCGCGAGACCGGGCCAACGUUUCCCGCCAAGAGCUCUAUCAGGAAUAUGUCACAUGGUACCUCGAGUCGUGUCCGGAGGCUGGGUCGUUCCGGGACAGCGGGCUGCCGGAGAGAGCGGCGCACUACCUGCUGAGGGAGCCGAGACCUGAAGACCCGUUCACUGUGUUCCCCUUCUACCAGGCAGUGAGACCCACGGAGACCCACGGAGUGAGUGUGAGUGUGAGUCAACACCUGAGAGGCGUCAUCAAGGCCACGGAGCUGCUGGAGACUCUGUGUGUCAACCUGUUCAUACAGCCGUGGAAGAAAGAGUUCAAGACACUCAAGUCUUACACCGGCCCGUUUGUUUACCAUCUGCUGCCAGUUCUAAGCAGAGACACCAUCCAGUCAGUUCUGGCUUCUAUUGGUUACCUACCUCACCCUGACGCCCCUCACAGUGAGUACAGACUCUGUGAGCAUGCAAACAUGGACAGAGUCAUCCUGGUGGGCUUUGAGCUGCUGCUGGCCAGAGUACAAUGUUCUCACCUGCUGGAACUUCUAGAAAAGGAUCAAGUUGGAGCACAGGAGUUGCUGGAGUUUCUGCAGAGAGGUUCAGGGCCUGCAAAACCUGAGGAGCCCAGAGAAAGGAGGGAAACCACAGAAGGCAAACAGAAAGAGGAGGAGAAGAAGAAGGAAGAGGGGGACAGAAAAGAGGCUCCUCUUUAUUCAGACACCAGACUCACAGUGAACCCGCUGCCCAAACCUCGACGGAGUCACCUCAUCAGUUCAGACCAGUCCAUCAUGGAGAUGCAGAGGACUUACCCUGACCUGGCCUUUAGAGGGCGCCCUCUGGUACCAGACAAACCUCAGAAAAUCAAAAAUGUCAGGAGCGGUGGUGGCAGAGGUGUUCAUGCUGCCGGCAAUAUCAACAGUGAGGACAUUAAAGUUUCUGAGCUGCUCAAAAGAACCUCAAAAGCUGCACCUACAACAGUCAGCAGCAAGGAGGAAAGCAACGCUGAUGAAAAUGAUGCUGCAAAUGAUGGUUGUCAUGGAAACAGCAGCAGCUACAGUGACAGUGGUGAGGUCAGUGGUCCUCAAGCCAUGUCACUUCACAUCACACUGAGAGCUGGAGACAAAAACCAGGAGAGUCUGAUACCCGCCGAGAGUCUGAGACCCGCCGAGAGUCUGAGACCGGCAGAGAGUCUGAGACACGCCGAGAGUCUGAGACCUGUCGAGAGUCUGAGACCUGUCGAGAGUCUGAGACCGGCAGAGAGUCUGAGACCGGCAGAGAGUCUGAGACCCGCCGAGAGUCUGAGACCGGCAGAGAGUCUGAGACAUGUCGAGAGUCUGAGACCGGCAGAGGGUCUGAGACCCGCCGAGAGUCAGAGACCCGCCGAGAGUCAGCCCACAGCAGACAACAAGAGAGUGGACAGAGCAGAGCUUCCUUCUCUGAGCUCCAUGGAUGACCAGCAGGACCUGGACGAGCUGGCAGAGAAGAUGGAUGUGCUCUUUCUGUAAGAGGAGAUAAAUAACACAAACGAGACAAGUAAUGAAGAAGAAGUGUAUGUCACCUGUUAUUAAAUCACAGACCUACACAACAAAUAUGAUGCUUCAGUACAGAAUUUGUGCAAAUUUACUCUAUUUUUGAAAUAAAACCCUGUCCUUUUAAA